CUCAUUUAAUUCACACACUCAUCUGCCCCUUUCUUCCCCACGUACCCUGCAUACCUGAAAUCACAUCUCCUCGUAUCACCCACCGUUCGGCUCUCGCUUCUCCUCCUGCUCCUGUCAUACCCACACCCGCCCGCCCUGGUCUCAAAAGACCGGGCUCGGCAUGAUAUCAUCCUUCUUCCCUCCGACGCCGACUGACUCAAUUCGACAUCUUCACUUCACACCAUGACAGGAUUUGUUUAUCCUUUUCAUUCCAAACCCCUCGUUGAGGUUAUCCAGGAGCAUGACAUCGUCGCUGGGCUUCAGAACGUCCUCUCGAACACCUCGGCGGAAGUGUGGGGUAGGGAGGAUGAGUCCUUCCACACUUCCGCUACAAUCUUCAACGGAGCCGUCAAGACUUUCGCGUCCGCUGUGGUCAGGCCUCGUGACGCUAGACAUGUUAGCGAAACCGUCAAAUUUUGCCGAGAAAAGGGAUUACAGCUGAGUGUAAAAGCAGGUGGAACGGGUGUCCAUGGUGGGAGUGUUGCAGGUCAUGUCAUUCUAGACCUCUGUCUCUUGAACGAUAUCAGUGUUGACCUCGUCGACACAUCUCUCCCGUUAUCUGAAACCAUCAGCUCUUCAUACAAACGACCUUCCAUCUGCACCACUUCAGGCGAGUCAUACAAACGCUCAGCAGAAGAAGAUGUCGACCACCCGUCUAGAUCUCGUCAGCGUAUAAAUAGUCGAGAUGGUUCAGCCUCAUCCGUUUCCCAACAUAGCGGAGACUCCGAUACAUCAACCUCCUGGACAAACCCGAACGUCAUCCGUAAUGGUAGUGGUUCUCGAUCUGAUUCAGGUUCUACUUCAACACCAACCACCUCCACCACAUCUUCCGACGUGCCGACACUGCCGCCUGUCCCUCAGCCGCGAAUGACCUACGUCAACCCAACUCCUACGACAACCAGUGCGUUUCCUUUCGUCGCAUCUUCCUUUGGGGGCGCUCCGUCCACGUCGGCCGUCGCCAUGUGGAAUUCAUUCGGACCACAACGUUUGGUGCUCAACACCAACCCGGAUCCUCCCCCACAUGUCAUUGUCACUUUUGGUGCUGGAGUUCGAUCAAAGCAGUUGGACGCAUACACUGCUGCCUCUCCCUAUGGUGCGUUUCAUGUUCCGACAUCCGCCUUUCCAGUGGGAUCUGGACAAUUCUUGACUGGCGGGUUCGGAUUUAUCGGUCGAAAACACGGUUUAGCGAUGGACAACCUCGUGGAAGCCGAAUUGGUUCUCGCGGAUGGGCGUAUAGUCUGGGUGGGGGAGGACACACAUUCCGGGGAAUGGCUUCCUGAUGAAGAUCCGCGAGACGUGUGGUAUGCUUUGCGUGGCGCGGGAUCGAUGUUGGGAGUCGUCACUCGGUUCAGGGCCAAGGCGUAUUAUCUUCCCUCGGUAUAUGCUGGAAACCUCAUUUACGCCUUUGACCGUCAAACAACGCCAGAUCUACUGCGUCAUUUGAGGGAUUGUAUCAAGGGAGCUCCCAGGACGGUUUAUUGUAAUAUCAUCAUCACCGCGGGACCGACAGAUAAUUCGUCCAUCGUGGCUAUCCAGCUUUGCUUCAGUGGAUCUAGGAGUGAGGGAGAGGUGUUCGUUCAGGCAAUAAGUAGUUGGGAUGGGGGACAAUCAAUUUUCCGUGAUUUCAGUGAGAGGACGUUUGAGCGUCAGCAGGUUGCAGUGGAGGAGAUAUUGAAGGGGGGUGCCGGCAGGAAGUGGUAUAUCAAAAGCGGAAUGCUCAACUCUCUCUCGGAUGAAGUUAUUGAAGAGACAUGUCAGCGAUUUGCUGCUGUUCCCGAUGGGUGUACCUGGCUGUUUGAAUAUACCGGUGGAGGAGCAGUUAAAGACGUCAAAGAUUCCUGUUGGCCAUUAUCUCAUCGUGAAUCGGCAUUUACCGUGGCCGCAUUACACCAAUGGGGCCAUUUCGAACCGGCCGCGUUAGAUAACAGCUGUGUCUUGACAGCGGAGGUGUGGAUAGAUGAGGUUAUAAUUCCUAACUCUCCUGGGGGUCCGUUGCCAUGUUUCCUUCAAUCUUCAGCCGAAGCAGACGUCAGGGGAACUUAUGGCUCUGCAUACGACAGACUAGUUUCCAUCAAACGACAAUACGACCCGACUGGAUUUUUUCGACACGUUUUGUGGCCCCAGACAGAAAUCAAAAGUCUGACCAACGGCAUGAACGGUAACUGCAAAGCCACGGACGAAUCAGGAGAAGGCCUUGGGGCGGAAAGCUUGUAAAGGGACGUAUGAUUGUUGGUCGGAUUUAGGUGUGGAGUAAUGGAAGAUGUAGAGAAGAUCUAGGUGCUAUGUGUGAAGAUUGCACAUUGAGUAAGUAUUUGAAACACGCAUGAAAUUCAGUUGCAUCCCGUU